GGAGCUCCAAACAGGGCUGGCUGAGGUUCACGCUAACACAUGAUGUUGCCAUGACUGUUUCUUACUGAGUUAACUGAGAUCAUUUGCAGGCAGCCUUCUUGAUUCACAUCGCAGCACAGCCAGGCAGGAUUGUUACGUUUCCCCCAUUAACAUCGUCAAGCAGGCAUCUGCUUAAAGCUUGUAGGCUGGGAAUGCAUCAAGAUCUCUUCUCAAGGGCGGAUCAUCCCUCUUCUGGUUUAGGGAUGGAACGUCCAAAACUAGUUUCCCACUUCCGGUUUAGGGGUUGAUGCUUCAAAAUUGUAAUGAACAGCACAGAUUGAAAUAAUUAGAAAAUGGAAGAAUGAUGGACUCAUCUAAGUAGAAGAUGCGGUAUUGAAAUAAUGAACCAUUUCAGGAUAGUAUUCUUCACUAUUGGUAUUGUGCUGCCCAAAGUACUGCAGUCUUUCAAGUAGGGUCCCUUCGAGAAAUUUCAAGAUCAGUUCGAGAACAAGAUUUUGCUUAAGAUUUGUUUUGAAAAGGCAACACUGUAAAACAGACAAUUGCUUUUGGGGUCCUAGAGUCCCUUGAAAGUUAUGAUGGAAAUAGGAGACCUAAAGUUCAAGUGAUUGAAUGGCUGAAGCAGGAAGGAAAAACGUCUGGGAGGACAGACUAUCAUUUGGAGCACUGGCUCAGGAGUCUAAAUCACCAAGGGCUCAUCCAUCAAUCAACCAGAAGUGAAGACAAUAGCUUCAAAGAAGAGAAUGUUUAAAUUUCAUCAAAUGAAACAUAUUUUUGAAAUACUUGAUAAAAUGAGAUGCCUGCGAAAACGUUCUACAGUGUCAUUCUUGGGAGUUCUUGUCAUUUUUCUCCUUUUUAUGAACUUGUACAUUGAAGAUAGCUAUGUUCUGGAAGGAGACAAACAACUUAUAAGGGAAACAUCCACACAUCAACUGAAUUCAGAACGCUAUGUUCAUACUUUUAAGGAUUUGUCUAAUUUCUCAGGAGCCAUAAAUGUCACCUAUCGCUACCUAGCUGCCACACCUUUACAAAGAAAGCGGUAUCUUACAAUUGGACUUUCUUCAGUAAAGCGAAAAAAAGGAAACUAUUUACUUGAGACAAUUAAGUCAAUUUUUGAGCAGUCCAGUUACGAAGAACUGAAGGAAAUUUCAGUGGUGGUUCACCUAGCAGACUUUAAUUCUUCCUGGCGUGAUGCCAUGGUCCAGGAUAUUACACAGAAAUUUGCGCACCAUAUUAUUGCAGGAAGAUUAAUGGUUAUACAUGCCCCAGAGGAGUAUUACCCAAUCCUGGAUGGCCUUAAAAGAAAUUACAAUGAUCCAGAAGAUAGAGUCAAAUUUCGUUCAAAGCAAAAUGUAGAUUAUGCUUUUCUGCUUAAUUUUUGUGCCAAUACUUCUGACUAUUAUGUAAUGCUUGAAGAUGAUGUUCGAUGUUCAAAAAAUUUCUUAACUGCCAUCAAGAAAGUCAUUGCAUCCCUAGAAGGAACUUACUGGGUAACUCUUGAAUUCUCUAAGCUUGGCUACAUUGGUAAACUCUAUCAUUCUCAUGAUCUCCCACGUUUGGCACAUUUUUUAUUAAUGUUUUAUCAAGAAAUGCCUUGUGAUUGGCUAUUGACUCAUUUCCGGGGUCUGUUGGCUCAGAAAAAUGUGAUCCGUUUUAAACCAUCUCUCUUUCAGCACAUGGGCUAUUAUUCAUCAUACAAAGGGACAGAGAAUAAGCUAAAGGAUGAUGAUUUUGAAGAGGAGUCAUUUGACAUUCCUGAUAACCCCCCUGCAAGUCUGUACACCAACAUGAAUGUGUUUGAAAAUUAUGAAGCAAGCAAGGCUUACAGUAGUGUUGACGAGUACUUUUGGGGGAAACCACCUUCAACAGGAGAUGUUUUUGUGAUUGUAUUUGAAAAUCCAAUUAUAAUUAAAAAAAUUAAAGUAAAUACUGGAACAGAAGAUCGACAAAAUGAUAUUUUGCAUCAUGGAGCACUAGAUGUUGGGGAAAACGUUAUGCCUAGCAAACGAAGGAGACAAUGUUCUACUUACUUAAGACUAGGAGAAUUCAAAAAUGGAAACUUUGAAAUGUCAGGUGUGAAUCAAAAAAUUCCAUUUGAUAUACAUUGUAUGAGGAUAUAUGUCACCAAAACACAAAAGGAAUGGCUAAUUAUUAGGAGUAUUAGCAUUUGGACUUCUUAGCCAAUUAAAUCAGUAUGUUCAGUUUCUGAAACAGGUCUUCCUGUUUCCUUUUUUGCUACCGUUGUCAUUUGGAGGGAAAACAAUGGAUGGGAUAUGUUAAAAGAAACAUUAAUUACUUGGUAGUUUUCAUUUAUACACUGUUGACAUAAUUUUAUUCUUAAUACACACUUGUAUUUAUUUUAACGUCUGAAGUUGAAUAUAAGUCUAUAGCUAAUGCUAUUUUCCUUUAUAUUUUUAAAUGCUUUUAGUUUUUAAAUUUCAACUGAUUGUCAAAAGGGUAAUAUGAAAAAUUUUAAAUCAACAAAUUAGUUUGUUGGAUGAUGGUUUUUGAAAAUUAGUCAUCAACUGUAUAUACUUCCUCAAGAAUUGAUAAUUCAUUAUAUCAUCAGAUAGCUUUUAUUAAGCAUCUGUGGGAAUAUACAGUUGGGUGGAAUGAUAAUCUGGUUUUUUUGUGUGUGUAAACUUAGGUUUCCAUUGACUUCUGUACAUCUACAAUGAAUACCUCCUCAUAGAAGUGGUGUCUUUACAACAUAUUUUUUGUGUAAGUGAGGCUAUGGAAAAAGAAAAAAAAAGACUUAAAAAUAUCUCUCCCCUGACCAUUUAUAUGAAAGGGAACAUUGUUCAUUGUUUAAAAACAUUUAAUUGAGCACCUAUUGUUGAUAAAUUUUCUGGGGGAAGCAGUCUUUUUCUAGUUUCCCUUUUGCAAAAAAAAAGAAAAGAAUAGUUAGCUCAAUAUUUUCAGGUUACAUUAAGUACCCACAUUUAAUAGAAUAAAUUAGGGAAGGCCUAUAGUAGUUAGCUCAUUCGUACAGACAUUUUCAGUAUAUGCAGAAAAUUUUGGGAAAUUGAUUUUAUACAUUUUGUAUUAAAAUCCAUGUGAUUGAAAUUAUUGCGAUUUAUCAUAUACUUUUUUUGGAAUUUAAAUGGGUAUAUUAUAAAGGACCAUAGAAAGUAAUUGACUUUUCUGGAAUCAAAGAUCUAUUUCCUAGCAAGGCCAGAAUGAGAGAUCUGAUAUUCUGAUAACCAGACAAUGCUCUUUUUCUCGUAUGAUUUCUCCUGACACAGUUUAUGCUUUCUGUGUUCUAUUUGCUAUGUGACUCUCAGAUAAUAAGUUAUACCAUCUGGAAAUAGGUGGUACAAUUCUUGCAUAAAUAAUAUUAUCCUAAAUAAUGUCCUAAACGAUACUUUUUUGGUAUAUGCACCCAAAUAGUAAGCAAACUUGACUAAACUUUUCCUAAUAGGGAUUGGAGAGUGUGUCUUUAUAAUGUGUCCAUUAAAGUAAUUCAGGACACCUUAGUGUGUCCUAAAGACAUUGGUUUUCAGAAUGUCCUGAGCUUGUUUCAUCCUUUUUGUUUUUUAAUGAACAGCAAAAACAGGGAUUUAUUAUAAAAGGAAAUGGAAGGUGCUUCAUAUAUGUUCAAGAAACUCAAGUACAUGUUUAUAUAGAUGACUCUGUGUGUUUGUGAGUGUGUGUGUGUUGGUGUGUGUGUGAAGGCUAGACUUUUGCUGGUAAGAAGGAAUGAGAAAAUCUUCCUGCUCUUCCUUUUCAUACUGAAACACAGUCCUUAAGAUUUACUAGUAUGCUGUGGCCCAAACAACACUAGGAUAUUUUUAUUUUAUUCGUUCUCUACAAAUAAAUGAGAAACUCGGAUAAAAAAUGGAAAUUUUUUCUUCAUUUAUAAACAGCUGUUGUAUAUUUUCUUUGUAUCCAGCUACUAAAGUGUUAGAAGAAAAAUCAACCUUUCAUAGAAGUCUAAAUAUUAAUAUUUUGUAAGGCAUCUAAAUCUUAACAGUCAUAGGAAAAUGUGAACACUGCCACUAAACUAUUACCUUUACCUUGAUUUAGAGGAUACUUGCCAGACCCCUAAAAAUGUUCUAUUUUCUUUAUUUUUCUUAUCUUUUUUAACUGGCUAGUUGAUAGCAUUGUGUGUAUAUCUCAGAAGUUACAAAUGGCAUUAUUUUCUUCACUGUCAAUGAUAAAAGGUACACAACUGUAUGCCAAAGAUAUAUAAUAUCAAGAGCUAGGCAGACUCCCUGAAAUGAGUUGUAACAUUUUACAUAUUCUUCUGGGGAUGACUUUCUGAAGAUCAGCUGUUGGUGUCUAUCAAAGUCUUAAAAAUGUUUCAGAAACGAUUGCUGAGGGUAGCAGUGAAGUUGGAUGUUUGCUAGGAAAUUAUGAAAACAAAUGUGACUCAGAGAGGUCAUUUCACAUUUUAUCUUAAUAUCCUCUCUUUACUAAACCUGUGUUUGGAUAAGUUCGUCAAUCAUCCUAGGAUCUUCUGUGCUUUCUUUACAGUUGACACUGGGUCAAUUUUCUAAGGAAAACCCCUUGACAAAUAAAGCUUCUUCAUUAGGGAUCAAGAGGAAAAAUAGCUCUUCUUUUUCAAAAGAAAAUCUGAACCAUUUUUUUAGCAUGGUCCGAUGUUCUAUUUCCUAUAUUUAGAAACUUUGAAUAAGGGUCUAGUAAUCUUGUCUCAGAGUCAUAGAAACAAAAAUACAAUUAUUAGGUUUAACUAUACUCAAUCUAUUUGCUAUUUUUAAACAUUUUUGCUGUAAGUUUAUAUAUUUAUAUACAUAUAUAACACAUAUAUGUAUAUAAUUUUCUUUGUUAAAAAUAACAAUUGACAAAGACUGGCAUUUGAGACAUGAGUGGUUGAGUCAUUUAAUUGCCAUACAAAUAAAAUGCUGACAGAUUUCAAACAAAAAAUACAGUAUGUACCUUAAAUAAUGCCUCAGAAUUGUAUAAUUUAAACUGACCAAAAACCUUACUUACACUUAAAAUUCUCCUUAGGGGAGCCUUUUCAGCAUUUAUGAACAUCAAAGAAAAAUGUGUCUUGUAAAAGCACAAUGAAAUUCAGAAAAUACACAUUUUUUAAAAAUACACAUUUUAGUGGCAAUCACAAAUGUGGAUACAAAAAUAUACAUAAAAUAUGUUAAUGCAAGAACUUUUUCCUACUCUUUGAAAACUGUAACCUUGUGCUAUUUAUAAAGUAGAUAUUUUCCAGGUAUGAAAAUAUAAUUUGGAAACCAA